GAGCAAUUGGGAAGUCAAAGACAAACGAUGGCGUGUUGCUUAGCUUCGUGCUGUGCGUCGGCGACUUGUGGGUUGUGCUCAUCGGUGGCGUCGGGGAUCUCGAGGAAAUCAGCGAGGAUCGCUUAUUGUGGUCUCUUCGGUGCUUCUCUUGUCGUCUCCUGGAUUCUUCGCGAGACUGGUGCUCCGCUCCUUGAGAAACUCCCUUGGAUAAAUACUUCCGAUUCAUAUACCACAGAAUGGUAUCAGCAGCAAGCUGUUCUUCGUGUGAGCUUUGGGAAUUUCCUCUUCUUUGCGAUAUAUGCUUUGAUCAUGAUCGGUGUGAAGGACCAGAACGACAGGCGUGACUCGUGGCACCAUGGCGGAUGGGGUUUGAAGAUGAUUGUAUGGUUUUUGCUUGUUGUCCUCAUGUUUUUUGUUCCAAAUGUUAUCGUCUCAAUCUAUGGAACUUUAUCAAAAUUUGGUGCUGGAGCGUUUCUGUUGGUUCAAGUGGUCUUGUUGUUAGAUGCUACACAUAACUGGAAUGAUUCAUGGGUCGAAAAGGAUGAAAAGAAAUGGUACAUUGCUCUGCUUGUCAUAUCAAUUGUGUGUUACAUUGCUACAUACGCCUUCUCAGGAAUCCUGUUCAUCUGGUUCAACCCAUCUGGUCAUGAUUGUGGACUAAAUGUUUUCUUCAUCGUCAUGCCGAUGAUCCUGGCCUUUGUUUUUGCUAUUAUUGCGUUACAUCCUGCGGUGAAUGGCAGUCUUUUACCGGCGUCAGUUAUUUCGGUUUACUGUGCUUAUGUCUGUUACACGGGUCUAUCUAGCGAACCACAUGAUUAUGUGUGCAAUGGACUUAACAAAUCCAAGGCAGUGAACGCAAGUACUCUCAUCCUUGGAAUGCUCACCACGGUUCUCUCGGUCCUAUACUCCGCCCUCCGAGCUGGCUCUUCCACCACGUUCCUCUCACCACCGUCUUCUCCUAGAUCUGGUGGGAGAGAGGCAUUGUUAGAGGAUCCAGAGGACGGGAAGAAGAAGGGUGGUGAAGCCGAGGCGCGGCCUGUGAGCUACUCGUACUCCUUCUUCCAUAUAAUAUUUGCUCUUGCGAGCAUGUACGCUGCAAUGCUUCUAUCGGGAUGGACUGAUUCCUCAGAGAGUGCAUCUCUGAUCGAUGUGGGAUGGACCUCGGUGUGGGUCAAGAUAUGCACCGGUUGGGUCACGGCGGGACUAUACAUCUGGACACUCAUCGCACCGCUCAUCCUUCCGGAUCGUGAGUUCUACUAAAGGGGCAUACCAGUCAGUAGAGGGUAACACGUAUAUAAUCGAAUCUGGUGAAUGUCAUGUAUGUAGUCACUUAAAAGUGGGUAUGGUCAUGUACUGGUAAUAGUAAGGGUAAUGGUAAUGGAAGUAGCUAAUGUCACGUUCUAGACUUGUAACUGAAACCUGAAGUAAAAGACCUUGGGUAUGCUGUUUGAAUGUAUGUUUAUAUUUCUAUCAAUGACUGUUACUAUAUCA